AUGGUUAAAGACACAAAGUUUUACGAUGCCUUGGGUGUAUCACCAAAUGCAUCUGAUGCUGAAUUGAAAAAAGCUUAUAGAAAAGCUGCUUUGAAAUAUCAUCCAGAUAAAAAUCCUUCCCCAGAAGCAGCUGAAAAAUUUAAAGAACUUUCUCAUGCUUACGAAAUCUUGAGCGAUGACCAAAAAAGAGAAAUAUAUGAUCAAUAUGGUGAAGAAGGGUUGAGUGGACAAGGGGCUGGAGGCUUCGGUAUGAAUGCCGACGAUAUUUUUGCUCAAUUCUUUGGUGGUGGUUUCCAUGGGGGUCCGCAGCGUCCAUCUAGAGGUAAAGACAUUAAGCAUUCCAUCGCUUGUUCCUUGGAAGAAUUAUAUAAAGGUAAAUCCGUCAAGUUAGCUUUGAACAAAACUGUCUUGUGUAGCGAGUGUAACGGCCGUGGUGGUGCUGAAGGUAAGGUUGCACAAUGUCCUGAUUGUCACGGUAAUGGUAUGAAGUUUGUUACUAAACAAAUGGGUCCAAUGAUUCAAAGAUUCCAAACUGUAUGUGACAAGUGUCAAGGUACUGGUGAUUUGAUUGAUCCAAAGGACCGUUGUAAAAAAUGUAACGGUAAAAAGACUGAGUCAGAAAGAAAGAUUUUGGAAGUUCAUGUAAAGCCUGGUAUGAAGGAUGGAGAUCACAUUACGUUUGCUGGAGAAGGUGACCAAACGCCAGGGGUGACACCAGGUGAUGUUGUGUUCAUUAUAUCUCAGAAACCACAUCCAGUAUUCCAAAGAAAAGGUAAUGAUUUGUUGAUUGAACAAGAGAUUGAAUUGGCUACAGCUUUGGCUGGUGGUGAAAUUGCCUUUAAACAUAUUUCAGGUGAUUGGGUUAGAAUUGAAAUUCCAGCUGGAGAAGUUAUUGCUCCAGGAUCUGUUAAAAUGGUUGAAGGAUUUGGUAUGCCAGUCAGAACCCACAAAGGUAAUUUAAUAAUCCAUUUCAAUGUCAAGUUCCCAGAAAAUAAUUUUGCGGAUGAAGAAAGCUUGAAGAAAUUGGCUACUCUUUUACCAAAACCAAAAGAAAUCAAGAUUCCAGCAGAUGCUGAUGUCGACGAUUGUACCAUGGUCCCAGCUAAAUUGGAACAAAGCAAUCCAUAUGAGUCAGAUGAAGAAGCUCAUGGAGGUCCUGGAGUACAAUGUGCUAGUCAAUAG